AUGGAUGAUCAAUUAUUAACGAACGAUGCUUAUCUUAUCUACGUCGUUAUUGGAUUUAUCGUCAUUAUUUCUAUAUUUGGUCUAAUUGUUAUAUUAAUCACCACCUUUUGCUGUUGUUGCUGUCAUUCGUAUUGUUGCGGUAAGGAAAGACGUUCAUCAUAUAAACUUGAUAGACAAAAACCGAAUAAAACCAGUGGAAAAAAAUCAAAAACGUUUGCUCGAGUUCCACGAUAUCCAAGUGAUGUAGAUUUUUCACAAUUAUACGAUACGGGUCCACAUUUAAUUAAUACAAAAGCAUCUCACAUGGACACGAGUUGUACAACAAUUGAUACUGUUGUUUAUCCCAUCUCACCGUGUAGCUCAUUUCGUUCAUUUGCCAAUUCCAAUGUAAACCUUGCAACAGAAACAACCUAUAAAAUGGCUAAAUCAUCAACAACUAUCACUACUACACCAGAUAUUGCUCAAUCUGAAGGUAAAAACCAAAACAAUUUAGAUAAGUCAAUAGAAGAAUCAAUGUCUACAUGUCUUGAUACAUGUGAAGAAAGUAUAAGUAACGCAUUGGAAACAAAUCCUAAUCAGAUAAAACCAAUUCCAACUGAAGAUUGUAUCGUGACAGAUGAAACAGUAUCAACUUGUACAACCAACAACACUUUGCCCACAUCUUCUGAAAAUAAUCAAGUUGUUGAUUUUAGUCAACAUCGACAGUUGAAUCGACCAUUUUCUUAUACAAAAAACACUGAUCAAUCCUCUAUUCCGCAUCAGUUUACUCAGCCGUUACAACAACAACAACAACGACAAAUGUGUAUAUCUGAUAAACGGAAAUCUAACCAUAAUGAUUAUAGACACAGUCGAGUAAAGUUAAAAUCAAAAAAAUUCGAAGAAACGACGAAUAAUAUUUAUGAAACUGUUGGAGAUCAUACAGUGUUAAAAAGACACCAUCACCCAUUGUAUCUUAACGAACAACAAUCACAACCAAUCUAUGAAACAGACUGGACACAAAAUUUACGGCGAUUAAUGCGUACAAUGAAACAUUCUCAACAACAGCGAACAUAUUUAUCGAUUAUAGAAUUACCUCAUGAACACUACACACAUAUGAUGAGUCAACCGAAUUUAUACGACAUGAAACCCUUAUCACCACAUUAUUUUAUUCAUAAUCCCUACAAAGUUCUUAGCAAUAAUACAACAACAGAAUCAGUAAGACGUUCAAAUAUCUUAAAACGUCUAAGAGAUGAUUCAGCUUUUUUAUAUUGA